AUGACUAGUGAAAAUAUUUGGUCGAGAUUGAUUAGUACCCGACAACUUUCAUCAAAUUAUUAUAUAAUAUCAACAUGUCUUACUGAUAUAUUAUAUCGUUGUUCGUCACGAAAUUUAUCAAUAUUUCAUAAUCUUUCUCAAACAUUAUUUUCUUCAUCAUUUGAUCAAAUAAAACUUUUAAAUGAUUAUACAAAUAUUUUACAAAAUAUAUUAAAGUAA